AUGAAGCUCGUCCGGAUGCUGAUGAAAUGUCAAAACGAGACUGUAACCAUUGAACUCAAAAAUGGUAUGCGCUCCCCAUCCUUGUGUCCAACUCGAAUCAGCCACCCACCACGAACAUAUGUCCUAUGCUCGACAAGUCCUCCUACUAACCCAAUGCGGAAUGAAGGUACAAUCAUCCAUGGCACUAUCACUUCAGUCUCCCCACAAAUGAACACGGCUUUACGCGCUGUCAAGAUGACCGUGAAAAACAAAACCAAUCCCUCCGCGCCAGGCGAGACGAUUUCACUCGACACUAUCAACGUGCGCGGCUCCACCAUUCGAUAUUACAUCUUACCAGAUUCACUUAACCUGGAUACCCUAUUAAUCGACGAUCAGCCCAAACCAAAGAAUAAAGCACGGAAAGAGGGCGAUGCGGGCCGUGGUGGCCCUCGGGGACGAGGAGGACCGCGAGGCAGGGGAAGGGGAGGAGGCGGGUUCCGAGGUGGACGGGGGAGAGGCCGAGGUGGGUUUUAA